GGGAAGGUGUUCAGUGAGGCUCUCCGGGGGGUUGGUUGUUAGGGGGGACUGGGGGGAGGUUGCAGGCCCGGGGCCCCGAGCUGUAAGGCGGAGGGGGCCCGGAAAAGAUGGCUGUUUCACGACCGUUCCGAUUUUGAGCCUGCGUGGAUAGACGGACUCCAAGAGCCCCGGAGGAGGAUGAGCCUGCUGUGUGCGCAGUAUCUCCGGCAGGCUGAGGUCCUGAAAGCAGAAAUGACAGAUUCCAAGCCUGGUACAGCAGAGGUCUGGACAUCUCGUCAAGCGCUCCAGGACCUGUAUCAGAAGAUGCUGGUGACAGACCUAGAGUAUGCUCUGGACAAGAAGGUGGAACAGGAUCUCUGGAAUCAUGCCUUCAAGAACCAGAUCACAACACUGCAGGGACAAGCCAAGAAUCGGGCCAACCCAAAUCGCAGUGAGGUACAAGCCAAUUUGUCACUGUUUCUCGAGGCAGCUAGUGGAUUCUACACACAGCUUUUGCAGGAGCUGUGCACUGUGUUCAAUGUGGACUUGCCGUGUCGUGUGAAGUCUUCUCAGCUGGGGAUUAUCAGCAAUAAGCAGACACACUGUGGGGCCGUGGUGAAACCGCAGUCCAGUUCCUGCGCGUAUAUCUGUCAGCAUUGCUUGGUUCAUCUUGGUGACAUUGCUCGCUACAGAAACCAAACAAGCCAGGCUGAGUCUUACUAUAGACAUGCUGCUCAGCUUGUCCCUUCUAAUGGUCAGCCUUAUAAUCAGCUUGCCAUUCUUGCCUCUUCAAAGGGGGACCAUCUCACCACUAUUUUUUACUACUGUCGCAGCAUUGCUGUCAAGUUCCCUUUCCCAGCAGCAUCCACUAAUCUUCAAAAAGCCCUUUCCAAAGCCUUGGAGAGGUAUAUAUGUCGCGAGGAGGUAAAGACGCGUUGGGGUGUAUCUGAUUUUAUCAAGGCUUUCGUUAAGUUUCAUGGACAUGUAUAUCUGACAAAGGGCCUGGAUAAAGUGAAUCCACUUAGAGAGCAACUGGAGGAGCAGUUCAAGAACAUGCUUUUUCAGAGAGCCUUUAACUCCCAGCAGCUGGUUCACAUAACGGUGAUUAACCUGUUCCAACUACAUCACCUGAGAAGCUUUGGCACAGAGGCAGAGGAGCAGAGCUUCAGUACAGAAGAGGAGUUAUGCUGGUCUCAACUUCUCGCUCUUUUCAUGUCAUUCUUGGGCAUCCUAUGCAGGAGCGCCUUCAAGACCCAUCACUGUGACGAGACUUCCUGUGCAGAUCCUCUUCCUGCUAUCAAGGUAUCGUUAGACUGGAUGAAGCUGCGUCCCAGUGUCUUCCAUGAAACAGCAGUACAAGAAAGACAAUAUGUGUGGCCAUGGCUGAUAUCUCUUCUGAACAGUUUCCAUGUGCUAGAAGAGGACCUGUCCGGCGCCAGCAUGUUGCCCCUUCCAGAGGAGUUUGAACUACAGGGAUUCCUGGCUCUUCGACCAGCAUUCAGAAACCUAGAUUUUUCUAGAGGUCACCAAGCCAUCACUGGAGACAGAGAUGCCCAGCACCGUCGGCUGCGCCCAAUUCGCCUUGUAUCCUUGGGAAAGUGGAUUUCUGAAAACCAGCCACGGCUUAUACAGUAUCAAAGCAUCAAGGGAGAGGUGACUUUCUUAACAGAUAUUCCUGAGCUUUUGACCGAAGAUGGCAACGAGGCAGAGGACAGGUCUUCUCCACGGGAGACAAUCCAUACAGAGACUCAGAAAAACGAAGGGAGCCCUGGACUGAAAUCUGUGUUGUCCACGGGCCGUAGCCCUUUCUGUGACGCCUCUGAAAAGCCAGUGGUUACUUUCAAAGAGAACAUUAAACCUCAGGAGGUGAACCGGGAAGUUUCAACGCAUAUCUACUCCAAAGCUGUGAAUGCUGGCAAGGAACUCAGAGACUAUAACAAGGGAAUGAAUUCUACCACUAACAAAAAAGAUAACGGUAAAAGGAAGAGUGAGCCUAAGAAGAGUGCGGAUAAGAUUGCAGAACCUGGAAAGCAGAGCAUUGCUGUGCAGGUGAGAACACAGGUGCCUGAAGCAAGGAAAACAUCAGUAACACCAACUUCAAGUCCAAGCUCCAACACCCAGUUCAUCCCGAUUCAUCACCCUGGGGCCUUCCCACCUCUGCCUAGCCGGCCAGGUUUUCCACCACCGGCCUACGUGAUCCCACCUCCCGUGGCGUUCCCCAUGAGUUCUGGAUAUACUUUUCCUGCUGGUGUUAAUGUUCCGGGGUCAUUCCUGCAGUCUUCAUCUCACUCGGCUUCUGGGAACCAGGGACCUCCUGGCAAACCGUCCCACAUUCCUUACAGCCAGCAGCGUCCAUCUGGUCCAGGGGCUCCUAACCAGGGAGCUGUUGGCAACCAGUUACCUGGACAACCCCAACCACAGGCUCCGUCCAACUCUCCACCACAGCCCAGCACCCAGACUGCCACGCAGCUACAGAUCCAGGCACUGGUCCAGCAGCAGCAGCAGCAUCAAUCUCCUACUAAACCGAUGCAGCCUCUCGGCAAGAACCCUGUGCUUCACCCCGCUCUCCAGUACCAGCAACCUGAUGCAUCCAAGCAGCUGUGGAGUUCUAAUCCAGUCUCUAACUCUUUGGGGAAGGCAAUGCCUAUGAAGCAGCCCUAUUACAUGGAUGGCCGUUUGCCCGCAGAAUCUCUGAGUAUGUUGGAGCAGUGCCUACAGCAUCCCAUCAUGCAGCAGCAGCCGCCUCUGGAGAAGAAAAUGAAGCCUUUCCCAAUGGAGGCCUAUAACCAGAACACAGCUGAUGUGAAGAUGUCGGACUACUACUGGGGCGACAACUCAUCCUACAACAUGAACGACAACAGGGCCCUGUUGGCACAACAGUCGCUUAAUAACCAACGGGUCAAGCGUCCGCCCGCAGGAUACCGACCUGUCCCCGACUCAAUGACUAGAAUGCCCUUUGAGGAACCCAAACGUUCCCCUCUUCUACCCCCGGACCUGUUAAAGAGUCUGGCUGCAUUAGAGGAGGAGGAAGAGCUGGCAUUCUCCCCUCCUCCUGAUCUUUACCCAGCUCUGCUCGGCCCUCUGGCUUCUCUCCCUGGACGAAGCCUCUUUAAGUCCCUUCUGGAAAAGCCAUCUGAGCUGAUAUCCCACCCCACCUCUUUCCUCUCACUCUCUGGAUUUUCACUGAGCCAGGAAAGGUUCCCCAACAACAGUGUGUUUAACGAGGUGUACAGCAAAUCCUCUUGCUCUAGCACAAAGCCUGAAGUCUGCCCACCACUGGGACAACAGGAGACCUCUCUAUACUCUCUGUUUGAGGGUAAGCCUUGGUCUCCAUCACUUCCAGCAAGCUCAGAUCACUCUACACCAGCAAGCCAGUCUCCUCACUCCUCAAACCCAAGCAGCCUUCCCAGCUCUCCACCUACCCACAACCACAACUCUCAGCCGUUCUCAAAUUUUGGGCCUAUUGGUACCCCAGACAACCGAGAUCGUCGAACUGUGGAUCGUUGGAAAACUGACAAACCAGCAAUGGGUGGCUUUGGUCUGGACUACCUGUCCGUGACAUCAUCUUCUGAGAACAGCUGGCGUCAAGUGAACAAUUCCAGCAGCGCUAAUGCCUGGGCAGCUCAGGGCAACACCUGCGAGGACUCGUCCGCUGCCCUUAUGGAGAGCUUGAAGUCUAUUUGGUCAACCACAAUGAUGCACCCUGGCCCUUCAGCCUUGGAGCAGCUCUUGAUGCAGCAGAAGGAGAAGCAGCAGCGAGGGCAAGGAUCACUGAACCCCCCACACUGAGGAAUGAGGGGAGAAGAUCCCAGUGACAUAUGGCAUGAAGGGUCAGCAGCACAGGACAUGAUCUGUCCUAAGCCCUGAGGAGGGCAGCCCUCUCUCCCUCCCUCACUGAUCUGGGGGGGAGCACAUGUGGGGGGCGUCCAGCAACUCUCACGCAACCUGAAAACCCCCAGCCCUGCAGGCGACAACGUCACCUGAUGGACAAAGUUCCCAUCCAGAAGGAGUAUGGGGCUUCUUGAGUUUAGGGAAAAAGGGGGUUUGCGUGCCCCCAAUCUUUCUUGUUAUUUGUGCAUGCCUCUCACAGCACCCCCAAACCUCUGCCUAGCAAAUGGAUAGAAAAUAUCCCCCAGCAUUGUAAGGCAGGGAGGGGAAAUAGAAAACUUUCCAUCGGCAUCUGGGUUUUAAUGCGUUUUUAUGGCUGCGCUUUCAGGUGGAGGGUGUGCAGACGCGCCCACAUCCAAACUGCAGCUAGAAAUCAGGAACUCUCUCCACUGGAGGACACGGAGGGACUGGUCCCCUCUCAUCCAUCAGCUUGUGCUGGCUGAGGAGGUGUGAUUGGCUGGGUGGCUUUAUUUUUUUUCCUGUCCCCAGUUAGGGGAAUGGGUGAGGGGUUGAGCGUCUGUGUCAAGGUUAUGGAUGCUUGCUUGUUCCCAUUGAGUGUCUUUAAUCUACUUUCGGUGUCUGUCUCCCUGCCUGCUUUAUCGUCAUGUGUGUUUGUGUGUGUGUGUGUGCGCUUAAUGUCCCCCUAAGGCUGUGUAUAGCAGGAUGGGUGCUGACAUAUUAGGGGAGGUGCUUUUAAGGUGGGGCAGAUGUUAGAACGGGUAGAUGCCGAAUGAGCGGCCCCACAGUUGUUACAGCUAGACUGCAGCUGUAGGUGUUUCUCUCUUAGCCUUCCCCUUUGCAAAGUCUCUUUCACACGGCGGAGGGGUAGUAGAAGUAUCGGAUCAAGUGGCAAUGUAAAGCUGGACAUAAGUGCCAGAGUUCAUAGCACAAAUCCGGAACAUGUGGUCCACUUCUCCGGCAUCCUGAAAAGCAUUGGGCGCAAGCAGUGAGAGCUGGGAUGUUUGUGCUAGGUGAUGAACACGUGGUCACUUAGGUGUGGUGGAAAAGGCAGAGAUGCCCUCACUUUUACAUUUACAAGGAAAGCGUGGUUCUUCUAGUCACAUCUCUGCCAUAUAGGUUCCCCUUAAGCAUUGGUGUGUUCCUCUGUAUGCCAAGGGUACAAACGUGUACUCCAGCACGUUCAACACUUCAUACUUUGAACAUAGAUGUUGCAUACUGUACGGAGCCGGGCUUUUAGUCCAUAAUGUAGGUUUCUCCUGGAAGAAGGUAGUUCAGGUCAUCUGAAAAUAAACUGGUGAUGCGAUGCCCUUAUGGCCAUCCUUCCUUUAGCAGAAUCUAGAAAGCGUGGAGACUCCUAUUCACUCCCACCUUUCCUUGUGUUCUUGUGUGAGCACCGUCUGCUCGGAUCUGCUUUACCAUUAAUAAACUCAUCUUCUCUACA